AUAAAGAGGGCAAAACUGGAGGACGCUUGGCUUAAAGUUUGAACCCUUUAUUUCCACCUGUUUUUUAACUUAGCAAACAACUCCAAAAAUUCACUUAUAAGGAAGAACAAAAAGCCCUUUAACCAAAGAGAAACAAAGAGAUAUAUAGAGAGAGAGAGAGAGAUAUGGAGAGGGUUUUGAUAGCAAACAGAUUUUAGAUAGAGACUGUUAAGAGAGGAAAUUUUCCUUGAAGAAACCGAGAGAGAGAUGGGGGAUGGGAACAAAAAUUGCUUUGCAUGUUGUUUUUCAACAGCAACAACAUCAUCUUCUUCAUCAUCAACAAUCAAACUUUUGUUCUUUAUAGUUCCAUUGAUUCUGGUAUCAUUCAUUGUUUUUGUUUUGGUUCCAAGAAAUUCAACUUGGGUUUUGAUUUCUAGCCUCCCUUCUUCUUCUUCUUCUUCUUUUGCUCCUGCUGCAAAUAGCAGCGAGAAGUUUGGUGCAGCUACGCAUGCAGAAGGAAGUUCCAGGGUGGGGACGGUGGUGGAUAGUAUUGUUCAUGGCGGCCUGGAAGAAGAGGCACUGUCAGAUGAGGCUGCGCUUAAUCACCCAGCUUCACCGCCUCUUGCCGUUGAAGCAGUGACGAAAAUUCAUGAAUUAAAUGAAACAAAGGAAGACAGCUUAAGUAUCACCAUUAACGGUUCAGAUAGCUUAAAUAUUUCCAUUACCGGGACUCCGAAUGCGACAAUAUCCCUGAAUGAAUCUAUUGCUCUUCCCUUGAAACAAAGUAGACAGGUUCGAACAAAAUUGGACAAGCUUGAAGCAGGUCUACAAAGAGCUCGAGCCGCCAUAAAAGAAGCUAAAAACGGGAGUCAAUUACAGGAUCGUGACUAUGUCCCAAUAGGUCCAAUGUAUUGGGAUGCCAAGGCCUUUCACAGGAGCUACCUGGAAAUGGAAAAACAAUUCAAGGUCUUUGUUUACAAAGAAGGGGAGCCUCCAGUGUUUCAUGAUGGUCCUUGCAAGAGUAUUUACUCCAUGGAAGGAAAUUUCAUCUAUAAGAUGGAUGUUGAUAGCAAAUUUCAAACGAAAGAUCCUGAGAAAGCUCAUGUUUUUUACCUUCCAUUCAGUGUAGCAAAGAUGGUCCAAUUUGUUUAUUUGCGCGAUUCGCAUGAUUUUGGUCCCAUAAGAAGGACUGUCAUAGACUAUGUUAAUACUAUAGCACAGAAAUAUCCUUAUUGGAAUCGAAGCCUUGGUGCAGACCAUUUCAUGCUUGCCUGUCAUGACUGGGGGCCAGAAGCUAGCUUUUCCCUUCCAUACCUUCAAGAGAAUUCCAUUCGUGCUCUAUGCAAUGCAAACACAUCUGAAAAAUUCAACCCUGUCAAGGAUGUCUCCAUUCCAGAAAUCAAUCUCCAAACUGGUAAAUUAACCGGUUUGAUUGGCGGACCAUCUGCGUCUCGGCGUCCAAUCUUGGCUUUUUUUGCAGGAGGGGUUCAUGGCCCUAUAAGACCUGUCCUCCUUGAGCAUUGGGAAGACAAGGAUGAAGAUAUUAAGGUACAUAAAUACCUUCCAAAAGGUGUUAAUUACUAUGAUAUGAUGAGAAAUAGUAAGUACUGCAUUUGUCCAAGUGGUUAUGAAGUUGCAAGCCCAAGGAUAGUCGAGGCACUAUACAAUGGAUGCGUUCCGGUGCUCAUUUCGAAAAGUUAUGUGCCCCCAUUUAGUGAUGUUUUAAGAUGGAAGUCAUUUUCUGUGCUGGUUUCAGUGGAUGAUAUCCCCAGAUUGAAGGAAAUAUUAACAAAGAUAUCGCCAAGGCAGUAUAUAAGAAUGCAGAGGAGAGUGCGGCAAGUAAGAAGACAUUUCGAGUUCAAUUCCCCUCCUAAGCGCUUCGAUGUCUUUCAUAUGAUCCUUCAUUCAGUUUGGCUAAGAAGACUGAACGUUAGGAUCAGUGAUGAUCAUGGAGUCAUGCCCAACUGAUGAAUAAUACAUUUGACGAUUCAGGAAUUUUUUUUUAGUUCUAAUAAUAAAUCAUUUCUAGCACAUUCAAAAUUGGUUGUGGAGUCCUAAAUGAGUCUUUAUUUGUUCUAUUUCCUUCUCCAAUCUUGAAAGUGUUGAUAAAAUUAGGCAGUUGGUGAGAUUUAUGCACGGUCAUGUAAAGCUUAAUGGAUAGUCUGGCUGGAAAUUCUGAGUCUGCAAUCUGUAGCAUUCCCAUACUGAUUUAUGUGACAAUUUUCUCUGGAAGAUGUAUCUGACAGACUUGAACAUGGAUUUCAAAUCAGGAUCAAAUAGUAAUUAAGGCGUUUUUAA